AUGGCCGAACAAACUUAUGAGCCGAAAGCCUCUGUUGGAGGCCACACCCUCGCGAGAGCUAAUCUCGACGAUGUCCCGGCGAUCCAGUCCAUGACCAGGGCGGCUUAUUCCAAGUACAUCGACCGCAUCGGCAAGGAGCCGGCGCCCAUGAAGGCCGACUACAACGAGCUGAUCAAAACGCAACUGGUCUACGUGCUCCGAAACGACAAGACAAACGAGGCAGUCGGCGCCAUUCUCCUGCGACACGACCCCGCGACGAAAGCACUCCACGUAAACAAUCUAGUCGUCGCCCCGGAUGCCCAGGGGCGCGGAUACGGACGAGUUCUCAUGAGGUGUGCCGAGGACGUGGCCAGAGUUUGCCGGUGCACGAACCUUCAGCUUUACACCAACGUCAAAAUGUUUGAGAAUCUCGCCUUGUAUCCUAAACUGGGCUUCGUCGAGACGGAAAGGAAGACGGAGGAUGGGUACGAGAGGGUCUUCUUCCGCAGGGACUUGGAGGAGGGAGUUCUGAGGCACUGA